GCGAGCAAUCUCAUUGAAGAAUAAAUAAAUAAUGUGUAUUUCGUGCAUGUAACAUUGACUUCAUCGCUAAGGCAAGUGAGGCCUCAUAUUGUUCGAUUUUCUGAGAGUUAGAAGAUCAAUUGCAGCUUGUAUGCUUUUUCAAGCUUGAUGUAAUUCCUGCCUAGUGCCUUUUACCUAGAGGCAUAUAAACAAAUAAACAAUCCUAUUUAGCUUGCAUCCUACUCGGCUGCAGAUCCUACCACCUUCCUGACGAGGUGUAUACCUAAACCUCCUGUAGAUCCACCACACACCAGAGAAAAUGGGUGGAUGCUGUGGAAAAAAGCAACGUCUGGCCCAGGACGCGGCUGACAAGCUCAACCUAACGCCUGCAGAAAUGGCGGAGCUCCUGGCGAAGUCCAACCUGCCUGUUAUCUUUGUGCUCGGCGGCCCCGGCUCGGGCAAGGGUACCCAAUGUGAGAAAUUGGUGGCCAAGUACGGCUUCACGCACCUGUCUUCGGGCGACCUGUUGCGAGCCGAGGUCGAGUCGGGCUCCGACCUCGGCAAACAGAUCAAAGACACGAUGGAGGCCGGCGACCUGGUGCCCCUGGAGACGGUGCUCCGCCUCCUCCGAGAGGCUAUGAUCACCUCACUGGAGACCAGCAAGGGCUUCCUCAUCGACGGCUACCCGCGCGAGGUGGAGCAGGCCGUUAAAUUCGAGGAGCAGGUGUGUCCCUGCACGCUGGUCAUCUACUUUGAGCUGUCGGACGAGGUGAUGACCCAGCGGCUGAUGAAGCGCGGAGAGACCUCGGGACGCGUGGAUGAUAACGAAGAGACCAUCAAGAAGCGCCUGCAGACGUUCCACGAGCACAGCCAGCCGGUGGUGUGCCACUACGAGCAGCGCUGCAAGACGAUAAACGCCGAGCGUUCUGUGGAUGAGAUCUUCGAGGACGUGUGUAAGGAGGUGGACAAUCUAAAGUGUGGCGAGCAGCCAGCCGCCGAGUGAGACCCAGCUCCCUCCCGAGCAAGCUCGUCGCUGCCGGGUGCUGCACGUCAUGUUCAAGAACUGUUGUUUCUGUUGCUUGCUGCGACUAGCCGGGGGCGUCAUUGAGCUGGUCGCAGCAGUGUUUGUUCAGUUUUGUGCUUGCUGCAGUCGUGAAAAGCAGCCGGCGCCUGCCGUACGAUUAUCAGAACGCACGUGCAGGACCGCUGACGGCUGCCUGCAGGUGGCGAUAGGUGGCGCAUUUAUAUUGGUGACACAAAUUGUAAUCGCUGUGACGUCUUUCAAAGGUUGCACAAAUUCGGUAUUGUGAAGCGGAUUUGGAGUUUUAUGAAAGUAGUGGGCGCCCAGAGCUCAUCACCAGAGAGCAUACAACGAGUUUUAGAAAUGGAAUGGGCGCCCAAAGUUUACCUGCCGGCACUACAGAGCUAGUGUGUCGCUUACGAGCAAAUGAGUUCUGUACCAAGCGGCAGAGAGAUGUUGCCUUCGCACAAUCGCAGCUCGCUGCUUCAAUCGGGGGUUCAUAGUCAUGCCUGCCCACGCAGCUCUAGUCACCUCACCGCCUAACGGUAACAUCUGGUCAUAUACUCAGCACGUCCGUGUCCCUGUAGUCCUCCCCCCCCCCUGCAGCGACCUGUCCUGUCCCGGGGAGGCCCCUGGUCCCGUGUUCUGAAUCAGUGUCGCGCUGCAAUAAAUCCAUGUCGAGUUGUCACAAAUACACCAUGACAUUAUGUUCUUA